AAUUAUGAGGAAGAAAGCACCAUUAACAGCACAAUUUCACUUUAUUAGACAGCCAGGCCAUAGGCUGGUUAUCAGAUUACAUUUCAAUAAUCAAGUAAAGUUCUGUACUGCAUAUAAUAAUAUACCUCAUCUAUAUGAGGCAAUUUAUACUACAGUCCAUGCCCAUACACAUACAAGUGCAUACAGAUUUCAUUGGAUCUUAAUUUCAUGUUUAUAUAACAUUUAGUCUUUUAAUACCUAAAACUGUAUCAAUCAAGGUAAUUUCAUUCACUUUAUAAAAACUAUUUCUCAGAUAAUAUUCACAUAUUCACAAACAUUUUUGUAGCAAAAUACUGAGCAUAAGUAAAAUAUUAAGGCUUCCAACAGAAGCUAAGUUCAUACACUUGCAAAAAUAUUGGAAAACUGGUUUUUAAUAGCAGAGUGCCACCUGGUGGAAAAACAGAUUUUAAUCUCAAAAUAGUCUUAAGGUAGUAUUUUUUUCAAAAUAUCAGGAUUGUACUGAGGUUGUACAGGGUAAAUGUGAUCAACAUCAAAAAUAAACUAUUUGAUAAGUAGAUAGGUUGCUGAAUUUUCAACAGGGAGUGAGAUAAUUAGAUUGAAACCAGUUAUACUAGUGCCUCAGUUAUACUAAUGACUGAUAAUUUUAAGUUAUAAAUUAUCUUUUUUUAAGAAAAUCAAUACACAUUCUGUUCAUUUUGUAGAAUAUUUACUAGGAGCUGGACACUAAGCUUGAAAACUUGUUUCCUAUUAAGUAUGCUUAUGAAACCAGCUAAAACAAUCUGUCUUCAUUUUGGAUGACAGAAUUCAGACGCACUUACUUUAAAGCAACCGUGCAGGAGUAGGUUUCACCAUUUUUCCAAAUUAAUAAAUUAACACCGAAAAUACUUGUUCUAACCCAAACUCACCAAUUUAUUGGUGGCUUCAGGAAAAUAAAAAUGAGAUAACCAUAUUUCAAAUAAAAUUUCUAUUUCCCUUUUUUUAGACUUUACACAGAAUUUUUAAUCUGUUUGCUAAUACUCUAUAUUAACAUUUUUGAAACUGAAAAAUGCACUAGUAUUCUAAUUUUUUAUGCUGAUACAAAUAUACCUUAUGAAAUAAUUCUAGUUUCUUCCAUUAAUAUUGCUUGGCUCACUGGAGAAAAAUUUAAUAAUCCUCUAGACCUUGUUUAAAAUACAUUAUCCUUGCUCAACAAUUAUUAAGCAAAAAUAACAGGUGAACAAAAUUUUGUGAUAUUAUAUCUAAUCAGAUAAACACUGAAGGAAAGCUUGACAAUUGAGAUGCUUUAGUCAAAGGAUUUUUAAUACAGUGCAGAUUUUCUGGGUGAAAGAAAAACACUAUAAAAAUGGUGGAAAAAGAACAAAAGAUAAGGAAAGAAUAAAAGAUAAAUGAAUUAUUAUUUCAUGAAAAAAGCCUGAUUUAUUAAAAAAUACCCAUGCAGGAAAUACUAAUUAUACAACAUGCCCAGAUAUAUAUUCAACUGUGAUGCAAGAAUAGCCGUGGCCUUUGGAUUAGGGAGCAAAUCCCUACAAGGCAGAUGGCAACAGUGAAACGUGGUCUUUGUACAAAGGCCAAAUGAAAAAGAAAUCCUCUAAACAUUACUCUCAUGUACAGAUGAUGCAACAGAAAACUUUGGACUCAGAAGCAUUACUUAUCCAGACAUGUGGGGGGAGGGGGAACAGUCUUCAUCCUAAGUCUCUAGAAGAGGCCUAUCUUAACUGGGUUGGGGGUAGAGAAAGCAUGCAGGCAAAACAGAAAUCCCAAGCACGAUGCAUAUAAAGAAUUAAGUGGAUUGGCUGUACUGCUAGAGCUCAUUUGGAAAGCUGUACCUACACAAAUGUUUAUCUAAAAAGAAUAUACACUUCCCAAUUAUAUAGGUAUGCAACAGACUAUACAUACAGCCUAUAAUAGUACUGUAGACACCCCCAGAGCUAUAAAGGAAAAUAAUAACCUACAGAUAACCUCUCUGCUUACAACUAAUCAAGUUCUCUUGAGUAGAGCUCAUUUGGAAAGCUAUUUUCCAAGUUUCUUGGAACCAAAUAAGGACUUUGAUUAUUUUUAGGUCCCAAACAGAAAGGUGUAACUAUUGUGUCUUGCUUCCUCAGUGUUUCCUUCUUUGAAACAUUUAUCAUCCAACGUUUCAAUAAGUGAGAUAAACACAACAGAAAGUUACUUCAUUUGGAGGAUACCUAUGAAUGCAAGACAGUGCCCUCAAAUUCACCUGUUUUAUCAUUGAUGGAUCUUGAGCAAUUGUGCUACUGUGGCCUUAUUUUUAGAAAUCUUUCCAGAAACUUACAAUGUCUGUGUAACAUGUAAAAUAUCUUGUACCCUUUCAUUUGUGUUCUGCUGUCCUAAAAGCCUUGGCUCUCAGAAAGGCUUGGAAUAGCCAGGGUAGUGGGAGGAAAAGGAUCUGGCACAGAACUGGGUGGAAAGGAUUCAAGGAAAUCUCCCCUCCCCCUCCUGGAACAAGAAAAAAACCGCAGUAGGCGCCUCCUACGCGGAAAACCUGAGUUGCAGAGGAGACUGAGCUGUGCCGAGGGAGGGUGAAGGACGGUAGGCCGGAUAGUUUUUUGGGAAGGGGAGCGCGAGGAGCAAGGCUGAGCAGGUAUCUUCCCCCUCCUCAGACUAUCUGCCGUUUCUCUUCGUGCAGGCUAUAGCAAGUCGCCAGAGCCGGGCAGGCGUCCAACCAGCUGUUGCCAUGACUGUACGCACAUAUGAGCUCAAGCCUUGUCUAGGAGGUUCCCGCCUCCCAGAAGGGGCAGAGGGGGGAGCUGAAAGUGACUACAUAUAAGUGCAAGCGCGCGCUGCCUUCGCUCCCAUACUCAAGGCGAACAGCCGAGGUGAUCUCCAAAGCCAGGCCUUGCUCCUCUCUAACUCUCCCUCAGGACGUUGCAAGUGAAUUCAGCGCGCGGAAGAAGCCCUUACAGCGCUCGUGUUCGCCUGGGCCAUUACAAGCAUCCGCUCGGCUCUAAGCGGUUCGAAAGACAUUCUCUGCCCGGUGGUGCUAAGCGCCAUUUGCCAUUUUCAAGUUUUUUUAAAAACUCACAUCAUCAUCGUAAUUACUAUUAAUUUCCUUUCUAUAACCUCGCGCGCUGCGUGCAUCAUGAAGGGAGCUAAGGCAUGUCUGGCGCUGAGCACGCUGUUGCUCUCGCUGGCCGCUCGAGGCAGCCCUUCGUCGCUACAAGAGGAGGAGUUGGUGGUGCCCGUGAAAGUGGAUCCUGUCGGGCAGCAGCAAGCGGCCGACGAGCAGUUCUACCACCUGGACGCCUUCGGGGAGCACUUCAGUUUGGAGCUGAAGCCCGACAACAGCUUUUUAGCUCCGAGUCUGACGUUCCAGUAUAUUGGCAGCCGCCCCCAAGACCGGAGGGAAGAAGAGGAGCCCCACCAGUCGCUCGGCGCGAACUUAGCCCGCUGCUUCUAUUCCGGCACAGUCAAUAGAGAUCCGGCCUCGGCCGCAGCCCUCAGCCUCUGCGGAGGAAUCCGCGGCGCGUUCUACCUGCGCGGCUCAGAGUAUCUCAUUCAGCCAGCCAACGUCUCCCGCGGUCCAGCAGAGGAGCAGCUUCAGCUCCACGUCCUGAGCCGCCCUCGGCAGAGCCGGGGCCCCCGUGGCGGCGGUACUAAGUGCGAGGUGCCUGACUCCAAUGAAACUUCGGCCUCAGAAGGGCGGCGGCGACGCCAAGAGGAAAAGCAACAUGCGGAAUACGCGACCCGUGCAGAGAAUAGACAUAUAAGGAAGAAAAGAUUUGUGUCGAGCCCCCGCUAUGUGGAAACUUUGCUUGUAGCCGACCAAUCUAUGGCAGAGUUCCACGGAAAUGGACUGAAGCACUACCUUCUCACACUCCUGUCUGUGGCUAGUAGAAUAUACAAGCAUCCCAGUAUCCGGAACCCUGUUAGUUUGGUGGUGGUGAAAAUAAUAGUCAUCUAUGAUGAGCAGAAGGGCCCUGAUGUGUCUUCAAAUGCUGCUCUCACUUUAAGGAAUUUUUGUAGCUGGCAAAAGCAGCAUAAUCCUCCCAGUGACCGGCAUGCCGAACACUAUGAUACUGCAGUUCUCUUUACCAGACAGGAUCUCUGUGGUGCCAAAACAUGUGACACUCUUGGGAUGGCUGAUGUGGGAACUGCUUGUGAUCCAAACCGCAGUUGCUCUGUCAUAGAAGAUGAUGGCUUGCAAGCUGCUUUUACAACCGCUCAUGAAUUAGGCCAUGUGUUUAAUAUGCCGCAUGAUGAUGCAAAGCAGUGUGCCAGUAUUAAUGGUAUAAAUAGCAAUUCUCACAUGAUGGCAUCUAUGCUUUCCAACUUGGAUCGAAGCCAUCCUUGGUCUCCAUGCAGUGCUUACAUGAUAACUACCUUUUUGGAUAAUGGUCAUGGCGAGUGUCUGCUGGACAAACCUCACAAGCCAAUGCCAUUCCCUUCUGAUCUACCUGGCAUAAUGUAUGAUGCUAAUAGACAGUGCCAGUUCACAUUUGGGGAGGAUUCCAAACAUUGUCCUGAUGCAGCUAGCACAUGUUCAACUUUGUGGUGUUCCGGUACCUCUGGCGGACUGCUUUUGUGCCAAACCAAACAUUUUCCUUGGGCAGAUGGUACCACUUGUGAAGAGGGAAAAUGGUGCAUGAAUGGCAAGUGUGUUAAUAAAACAGACAAGAUAUAUGAUACCCCUGUUCAUGGAGGCUGGGGCUCAUGGGGAUCCUGGGGAGAGUGUUCAAGAACAUGUGGUGGAGGAGUGCAAUAUUCUGUGCGAGAGUGUGAUAGCCCAGUUCCAAAGAAUGGAGGAAAGUAUUGUGAAGGCAAGCGUGUGCGGUAUAGAUCCUGUAAUAUUGAAGACUGUCCAGAGAAUAGCAAAACUUUCAGGGAGGAACAGUGUGAGGCUCACAAUGAUAUUUCCAAAUCUUUUGGAACUGGCCUUAUAGUGGAAUGGACACCUAAGUUUGCUGGAGUCUCUCCCAAAGACAGAUGCAAGCUUGUUUGCCUUGCAAAAGGCACCGGCUAUUUUUUUGUUCUUCAACCAAAGGUGGUAGACGGAACUUUAUGUAGUCCAGAUUCCACUUCAGUCUGUGUCCAAGGACAAUGUAUAAAAGCAGGAUGUGAUCGCAUCAUAGGAUCCAGUAAGAAGUUUGAUAAAUGUGGUAUCUGUGGAGGCAAUGGAUCUACCUGCAAGAAAGUAUCUGGAACGUUUUCUAAUGCCAGACCUGGUUACCAUGAUGUUGCUGUGAUUCCUGCUGGGGCAACAAACAUAGAAGUGAAGCAACGAAAUAAUAGGGGUACACGGCAAGAUGGUAGCUUCCUUGCAAUCAAAGCUGCUGAUGGUAUUUAUAUUCUCAAUGGUGACUAUACACUGUCAACAGUGGAGCAAGAUAUUACCUAUAAAGGCAGUGUUUUGCGAUAUAGUGGUUCAUCUGCCUCUCUGGAAAGAAUUCGUAGCUUCAGUCCACUGAAGGAAUCAUUAACAAUACAGGUCCUUACUGUGGGCAAUUCAUUUCGACCUAAAAUCAAAUAUACCUAUUUUAUAAAGAAAUCAAUACAGUUGGGGUCUGAGGAGCCUUUCAGUAAGACUGAAUCUUUCAAUGCAAUCAAGGAGACAAUUUUAUCGGAAUGGAUUAUUGAAGAAUGGGGAGAAUGUUCUAAGUCAUGUGGUACUGGCUGGCAGAGAAGAUCUGUAGAAUGCAGAGACCUUAGUGGACAACCUGCCUCAGACUGUGCGAAAGAACUCAAGCCAAGUGAUGUACGACCAUGUGCAGACACACCAUGCCCACGAUGGCAGCUGGGAGACUGGUCACCAUGUUCUAAGACAUGUGGGAAGGGUUUCAAAAAGAGAUUAUUAAAGUGCAUUUCCUUUGAUGGUACUAUUUUGACAUAUGAAAGCUGUGACCUUUCAAAAAAGCCAAAACAUUUAAUAGACUUUUGUAAUGAUACACAUUGCAGCUAAAGUAUAACAGAAAUCUAAAGAUGUAUGUAUGUAUAUUGAGACCAAAGCACUGAAAUUGAAGUGAGAGGUAGCAACUAUAAUUUGUAUGUGGAAAUUCACAGUAGAUUCACUGAGAUGGGACAGUGCAAAUAUUAUUAGAUGGUGUUAAAUCACAGUGGAGUGGGAAGGAAUCCUGUCAAUGAACAGUAGAUGAAAAUGCCAGAUUAGUUGCUAACAAACUCAGAAACACACAUUUCCUCAUAUUAGUUUGUUACAAGUUAAACAGAACAUAGGCAAUGGCCAAAACAAACUUAAACACGUUUGCAUUCUAGUGGGAAUUGGCUUUUUUUUACUUCUGGAAUUUAUACUGUGGUACUGAUAAAAUUCCUUUCUUAAAGUGGGGAAGAAAAGCAAGUUCUUUAAUUAUUGGUCAGGUCUUGCCUACCUAACAAGCAACAAAACCACAUUAUUUAUAGAGAGUUUUCAACUAUAUUGUUCACAGAGAGCAAAACAAGUAGUACUGGAUGCUUGAAACUCCAAACAUUAGAAAGUAUUUAAUUCUCUUAAGAGAUAUCUUGCAGUCAGUAUGUUUAUUCUGUAGAGUUACAGUGACAACACCUUCAAAGCCACAUAUCAGUUGGAAUGGUUUAGAUAGGGUUUUUGGGGGGGGGGGGCGGUUGGUAUCUGUAUGUAUGCCACAUUUGCUCCAAAAGAUUGGCAAAAUCAAACAGAGCUUUGGAGCACAUGCAUAGUUUCUAUAUGAAAGCUGGCUUCUUCAUGAAGAAGUAAAUUCUGACAAGCUGCCAUUUCACAUACAGUUACCAUGGUGGUCAGCAGUAACAUGCUUACAUAUGACCUUUUGCAAACAUAUAAAAUUCCACUAUAAAUGGAACAUCUCUUAUUACAGCUUUCCAUAACCUGAUGAAUUCCAGAUGUGCUUAGCCAGCAUAGCCAAAUACUGUGCUGGUUGGGAAUUACAAGAGUUAACAGUCACAAAAUAUCUGGAAGGCCCUAAGUUGUCUCAUUGCAUACAACAACUUUACACUGCUCAAAUCAUUUGUAAAGCAGGGAAGAUUAAGCUGCGGGAUAGCAGGUCCAUCCACAGCAGUUUGCCAAUAUCUGCAUAUUUAAAACUAUGUGCUAGGCUAUUGACUAUGAGAGAAUAUGUCUCUUCAUAUGUAUAUAGUAAAAUAUAUUACUAAAAUUUAUACAUACUUUAUAAGUAUUUAAAUUCUUUCCCUUCUGAGAAGGAUUAUAAUUGAUAACAAAUGCAUAUACUGUAAUGAAUGUAUUUAUUUUUAUAUUUCUUGUCUAAAAAGAUCUCUUAAGUUAUCUUUAAAAAAAAGACAUAUAACGAUAGAGUAUUUAUGCAAUAUAGUAUGUAACUAGAGGUAAUAAACUAUGAAUUUUUGAAA